AUGGAAAAUCCCGCAUUAAACCGCAGCAUUUCAACCAUCACCAUAGUCGCUCUCUUGCACGCCCAAUCCUACACAUAUCCCUUAACCAGAGUUUCCAACGCCACCACUAAAUCACCACCACCACCUCCACCAACCUCUUCACCAAAGAACCCUUUCCUCCCCAUCAAACUCACCCGUCGAUCCCGAAUCCGGCAGUACAAAACCUUCAACUCCUCACACAUCAAUAUCGAGAUGUCAGAUCUCAACCACGCCAGCUCCGUCAAGCCAUCUCUCUCCCACCUCACUGAUGCUGAUUAUGAUGGAGACGCCGAAGACAACGGUGCUGAGUGCGCCGACGUCGAUCUCGUCACACUGGCGCUAUGCACGGUUGAUAGUAUGGAGAUUAUACGCCGGGAUACCGAGGAGAAGUGGAAGGGUGGCCGCAGUAGGAGUGGCAGCGCGAGCGCGAGCGGGAAUGGAAGCGUCAUGGGUGGGGUUAAGAAGACGGUUACGAACAUGGGGGUUAGUGUUAGGAAUGGGGUUAAGGGGUUGGCUAGGAAGUUGACUUUUUGA